AUGCCGGAAUCAGUGAAGGCUCUAGCGCCCAAGAAGGGCUCCAAGAAGACCAAGGGCCCCGGUAAGACCGGCAAGAAGAGGAAGAGCAGCAAGGAGGUCUACUCUAACUACGUGCACAAGGUGCUGAAGCAGGUGCACCCCAACACCAGCAUCUCCACCAAGGCCAUGGGCAUCAUGAACUCCUUCGUGAGCGACAUCUUCGAGCGCAUCGCCGGGGAGGCCUCCCACUUGGCUCAGUACAACAAGCGCUCCACCAUCACCUCCAGGGAGAUCCAGACCGCUGUCCGCCUGCUGCUGCCCGGGGAGCUGGCCAAGCACGCCGUGUCCGAGGGCACCAAGGCCGUGACCAAGUACACCAGCUCCAAGUGA